AAAAGAAAAAGGAUAUGAGGUGAUAAGCCUCAAGGAAAUAAAGGCAUCCAAACUUGAAACUGAUCCUACUAUCUGUCUAGUUCUGACUGUUUUUUAACGGUUGCUGUCGGGAACAUGCGUAAGCGUGGGCGUCAUCACGCGCCUUAUAUAUGCAUGCAGCCGCAGGGUUAGACUCUCUCUCUCUCUCUCUCUCUCUCUCUCUCCCAAAUUCGGUGUUCUAGUGCGUGUAUUUGCGUGUUGGUAGGGGUCUAUGGCUGGUUUGUGUCCAGGGCCCGGGGUUAUGUUAAUCCGUCCAUGCCAACGUCUAUCAAAUUAUCUGCUGUAACAGACACAGCCAUGAAUACUAUAUGGCAAUACUAUUCAUGGCUGUGCUUUAUGCAACGGUUCCGAACGGUUAGCCAAGAACUAUGGCUCAAAUGUGUAUUUGACGAAUGUCUUGAUGUGUACUUAUGUCCUUUUGAUGUGGAUCGAACAAUCAUCCUUAUGGUUAUGACCAUAAGUGAUAGACUGCAUCUACCUCUGUCGCGUUCUUGAAGAAAGUAGUCCAAUCCGGAUCACUUUGAACUCACUUUAUGUCACGGUCUCUCCCACCAGGUCCUAGCUUCCGCUAGUUCACUCUGUGUUAGUCUCGUCUGUCCCCGUUCGUCUCUGUCUCAGUGUUUCAUGUGCGGGGGCGUGGCCGCGCAGUUCCAGCUGUUCCAGCCACGCUGAUCACCCGCACCCGACAGUCAUUUCCAAUCAGGACCCAGCAUAUCUACCCCAGCCUUCCAAACAUUCUUCGCCGGAUGGAUCGUCAGUUCUACUUACCGGUUGAGUAUCCUCUUGAUUCUUCGAGCUCUGUGUUCCCGUUUACUCGUGUUCCAGUCUCCGUUCCUAAUCCGUCUGUCCCCCUACCAGUCAUCUCCACCACGUCCAUUCUCCAACCCUGCUCUGCUGCCGGAGUUCCAUCCGCACCGUGUGGUUGUCGGCUCGGCUGCCUGCUGACUCCUCCAACCCCGGUUCGGGCCUCCCGGCACGUGGACCGUCACCACCUGCACCACCUUUAACCAUCCGUGUAGCAAUAAACCAGUCAAUUGCUAUCGUCCUCGUCUGUGGUCAUUUGUGCCGUGCGUUUGGGUCCACCCUGUCUUGAGCCGUAACACUUUAUUUGUUAAAGUAUUUCGGUAAGGUUAACUAUGAAGCAAAAGGGGGGGAAUUGUAUCUAACACACGUGGAGAAAAAUACCGCAGAGCUACUACAAGACCCGGGGCUUAGCCACAGGUCUCUCAACGGGGCAGCUGUACGUUUCUGACCUCAAAUCUGACUCCCGCUCUGGUGUGUAUCAAGAGGGCGUGGCCUAUGUGACGUAUUGGCUCCGGCUUCCUCACCUGUCGAAAGGGGCUGCCAUCUGUGGCUAAAGUAGUUAUUGCAGCUUAUAUGUUCGAUCCUGCUUCCUUGUGGCUAUGUGGGGGUAAUGCAGCUUAUGUGUUCGAUCCUGCUCCCUUGUGGCUAUGUGGGGGCAGCUUAUCUGCUUAAAAUACGCAACACCUCUUACUAAGAAAACAGGAUGUGUCUAAUCAUUAACAGUGACUCUGCAAGCCCAUGUAAAGUGGCAUCCGGUUAAAAUACUUCCUGUUUGAUCAAAGUAGGUGUUAAGUCUUUGAGAUGCUGGCAUUCAAAACGCACAGAAAAAGACAAAGCACUCAAAGGAGUAGGACUCUGAAAACAAUUUGGACCAGAAUAUGGCUGAGGUGAUUUACGCCAUUCCCAACACGAUGACAGAGGCCAUGAACACACAAGGAGAGAGAGAAGAGAGGAUAGUGGAGAUCUACGCUAACAUUGAGAGCCUCAGAGAUCAACACCAGGACUAUGUGGGGACAGAGGAGUCCUCCAAUACUCUGGGAACAGUAAGAAGUCAGCAGCCGGACCCUGUGAGCCCUCCUCAGUGGCCGAUCAGGGCUGUGGUGGUGCUUCUGGUCCUGCUGUCUGUUGCCCUGCUGGCUGGACUGCUUCGGUUUGUAGUGCAACACAAGACCGUAUGCAUGGACGGAGACAUGGAACUUCUCCAAAGGCUGAAGAAUGUGACAGAGCAGAGAGACUCACUACUUCGUAAACAGGACUGUCAAAGUGGUUGGGAUGACUUUGGUUAUAAAUGUUACCUGCUUUCCAAAGUGCGUGGAUCCUGGAAUAAGAGCAGGAAGAACUGUGUUUCCCAUGGAGCAGAUCUGGUGGUCGUGGACAGUAAAGAGGAGAUGGACUUCAUUAGCGGGUACGGCGGGUACUUCUGGCUCGGAGCGACAGAUAAUGUCAGUGAAGGGAUGUGGAGAUGGGUUGAUGGGACCGUCCUGUCAGUGGAUAACCCCUCCUGGAGCAGAGGAAAACCUGAUGGUGGCAGGGAGAAGAACUGCUUAAGGAGGUUUGGCGAGGCGAGUAACUUAAAAUGGACAGAUGAGAGCUGUGAAAGCAAGAGAAGGGGGCUUUGUGAACAUAAUCUAAAAAAUGAAGGAUGAUAAAAAAAGAAAGAAAAAAAGGAUGUUCGUUGUUUUGUUUCGCGCUUGUUGGGUUCUGCCAUUCUGCCAAGAGCUCUGAUUGGCUGCAAGGUGUGAUCUCCUUAAAAUUACUGAAUGAACACUUUUGAAGGUACAUAUGCAUAUAUGCAUUCCCACACAUACAGUCAUUUGUAUACAGCUGUGUUUGCUGUUGUGAAUUUGACCUUUUAUUAAAGCAACUCUUGAUUCAU